AUGCAGCAACUCCUGCUCCUGUUGGCCUUUAUCCUGCUCCCUGGAGAUGAGGCAGAGAAGAUCAUUGGAGGCCGAGAAGCCAGGCCCCAUUCCUACCCCUACAUGGCAUAUCUUCUGAUCCAAAAUCCGGAAGGACUGACCGCUUGUGGAGGGUUCCUGGUGCGGGAAGACUUCGUAAUGACCGCAGCUCACUGCUGGGGAAGGUCCAUAAGUGUCACCGUGGGGGCCCACAACAUCCAGAGGCGGGAGAGGACCCAGCAACGCAUCAAUGUGCGCAGAGCCAUCCGCCACCCUGACUAUAAUACGCAGAACUUCACGAACGAUAUCAUGCUACUGCAGCUGAGCAGAAGAAUCAGGCGAAAUAAAGCCGUGAGUCCAGUGGCUCUGCCUCGUGGGGCCGGUGAGAGGCUGAGGCCUGGGACCUUGUGCACAGUGGCCGGCUGGGGCCGGGUGAGCCUGAGCAGAGGAACAAACGUACUCCAGGAGGUACAGCUGAGAGUGCAGGGAGACCAAACAUGCAGGAAUCGCUUCCGCACCUUCACCACCCAGACUCAGAUCUGUGUGGGGAACCCAAGAAAGAGGAAGACUGCCUUCAAGGGGGACUCUGGUGGCCCUCUGGUGUGUAACAAUGUGGCCCAAGGCAUUGUCUCUUAUGGUGCCUCCAAUGGGACCCCUCCAGCAGUGUUCACCAAGAUAAAGAGCUUCCUGCCCUGGAUAAGGAGAACCAUGAGGCGCCUCACAGCUCGGAAUUAG